AUAUGUCGCUGCUUAGCACAAACUUUGAAUAAUGGCACAGGUAGCACUAAUCACCGGUUCUACAAGUGGUAUAGGCCUAGGUAUCGCACGAGCACUGGCAAGCAAAGGCCGUUCCAUUCUCAUUACGGGGUUUGGUAAUGAUCAACUGAUACACAAACACAAGACAGAGAUUGAAAGGUAUUGCCUCCAUAAAUGUUCUUCUACUAUCUUUAAUUACAAUGUUCCAGUUACCUACAUAGGAGGCGAUCUAUCUCGAGAGGACGAUGUGAUUGGUAUAUGUAACCAGGUACGAUCUCACUACCCAGGAGGUGUGGAUAUAUUAGUUAACAAUGCUGAAAGAACACAAACUGACAAUGUUCAUGGUUUCCGGAUUCUCAAUUCCUUCAAUUUCUUCCACUCGGCAAUUUGUGAAUAUAGUUUACUUUUAUUGUUCUUUUUUCAAGGUUUCCAGUUCAUUAGUCCAGUGGAAGAUUUCCCUCUCGAUAAAUGGAAUUCCAUGAUAUCAGUGAUGCUAACCGCUCCGUUUCUUCUCACUCAAAACCUUUUACCGGGUAUGAGGACGAAAGGAUGGGGUCGUAUCAUCAAUAUUUCAUCCGUUCAUGGUCACGUGGCUUCUAUCAACAAAUCAGCUUACGUCACAGCUAAACACGGUAUCCAAGGACUUACAAAGGUGGUUGCCUUGGAAACGGCAAGGUCAGGGGUCACGUGCAAUGCUAUAUGUCCCGGAUGGGUCUCAACAGAACUGUUUGAAAAGCAAGUAGACGAAAUAUCAGAGCAGAGAGGGAUUUCUUGGCAAGACGCAAAGGAGGUUCUGUUGGAGAAGCACCCAUCUAAAGAAUGUACCACGAUGGAGCAGGUCGGUGAAGCAGUGAAUUUCAUCUGUUCAUCAGCUUGUGAUAAUAUGACUGGAUCAUCAUUGGUCCUAGAUGGAGGAUGGACUGCAGUCUAAACCAUCCCAGCAUUGUGGACCAGACCCGAAACCAGGGUGGACCAGAUCAUGAUCUAAGACUAAGUCUAGACUGGGAUUGAAAAGAGAGCAACGUGGACCAGAGUGAACCAGGGGCCUGUUUCAUUAAACUUGUUAUCAAUAACAAAUGCUAAACUUUUUCUAAUACAAAUUUUAUCUCAGCCAAUCAAACGCCACGAUUUCAGUAGCUUAUAACAGUUAUUGUAAUUUGUUAUUGAUAACAUGUUCUAUGAAACAGGGCACAGGUCAUGUUUAUGGACUAAGUCUAGACUGGGAUUGAAAAGAGAACAUCUUUACCAGAGACCUGGAUCUGUAAAUUGUAUAAUAAUAUUUACAGGUCCCUGCAUAAUAUUCUAGUAUUCCCUUUUAUAAAUGGUGACGUGGUUUCUAAUCAAAAUAUGAUUGGUAGAGAGCGGUCAUGUGAACAGUUAUAAAAUGGAAGCUUACAAUUUGUGAAAGGGACAUGUUCUCUUAAAAGAAUCCUUGAUAUAUUACAAGUAUUGCAGUUCAUAUUGUGCAGUAGAAACACAUACUUCAAGUUAUACUUCAAGUUCAGGAAAACCUUACAUUAUGCGCACAUUGAUAACUCAUGUCAAGUUUCAUAGCUUGAUUAGCAUGGAGUGUUAUAACAUAUGACCAGUGUCAUGACUAGUUUUGUCUAAUUUUUGCUCAGACUGCAUGGAAAAAGGAAGCAAAUUUAUCCUCUUGAUAAUGAACAAGGUUGUAAAUAAACAUGUAAACAUGUCAUAUACGAAGAUUUUUUUUUUCUUGUAGUUUGUUUCUCCUUUUCAAAUCUCUCUCCAUCUGGCUCUUUCUCCAUUUUCCUUUCUCAUCCUCGGCACAUUUCUCCUCUCCUAGCUUUGAUAUAUCUUAAGAGUUAUUUUGCUUAAAUUCUGCCAGUCUGAAUUCAUGGUGUAUAAAUUAUGUCCCAAACUUGCUUUUGAAUGAUUAAAUUAAAGGUCAUCAAAGGAAAAGUGUACCAAUGUUUUGUUUUUGUAUUAUUUCCUAGACAGAUUGUACAAAUUAGAAGAAGUCUGGCAGCUACUGUGCCAGACUUUUUGUUUCAUUCAAAAGCAAGAAGCUAAUUAAGAGUUGAUCACCAUGUAUAGAAAUGUAUACAUUUUUUUAUCAUCAUCAUUGGUCCGUUUAUCACCUUAAUUAACCCUUCCUCCUUCUCAUCACCAUCAUUACUAUCAUCAUCACCAUUUCCAUUGU